AUGGGUACAUUCUCUACAAGCUGUUUGAUGAUUGGCUGACGCCGGGAUUCGAAGCAACAAUAAACAGCCUGAUUGGCUGUCCAGCCUCCCAUGAGGGGUUGCUUCCGAAAGAUUUGCAAAAGGGUUUAUUGUUUCUUUGCUUUCGGGAGCUGAAAUUGUUUGCCUUUCACUCAGUUCUACAAUCAAAUAACGAGGCGAAAAAAUGGCUGGAGGAAAGGCAGGAAAAGACAGCGGGAAGGCCAAGGCAAAGGCGGUUUCUCGCUCGCAGAGGGCUGGGCUGCAGUUCCCGGUGGGUCGUAUCCACAGGCACUUGAAGACCCGCACAACCAGCCACGGUCGCGUUGGAGCCACAGCAGCCGUGUACAGCGCUGCCAUCCUGGAGUACCUCACCGCCGAGGUACUAGAGUUGGCAGGAAACGCCUCCAAAGACUUGAAGGUGAAGCGUAUCACUCCCCGGCAUUUGCAGCUGGCAAUUCGUGGUGAUGAAGAGUUGGACUCUCUUAUCAAGGCAACAAUUGCCGGUGGAGGUGUCAUUCCCCACAUCCACAAAUCCCUCAUCGGGAAGAAGGGCCAGCAGAAGACUGCAUAGACGCCACGUUGACCAGAAAUUUUUGGACUUGGGUUUUCUUUUUCGGACCAGGAGUUCACAUUUGUUUUGUUUUUUAUUAUUAAUAUUAUAGCAAACAAAGAGUGAUUGUUAGGCUUUGUGUUCUAUUUUUCCCAUCGUUAGAAAAAGUUCAAACAUCCCUAACAGAACCCUUUGUAUUUUAUUGUAGAACGUUUGACUGGGAAUUCACAAUUUAAACUGUUGAUGAUGAAUUUGUUUGAUUGGCUCCACAAUCUGUAAUGUUUUAUACUGAAAAAUGUUAAAAACCGUUUUUUAUAUAAAGAGGUCUUGUUUUGUGGUUAUUUUUCCUGAAGUGAAAACAUUUGCUAAAAGAGCUUUUUAUGGAGUCGCUUGUUUCAGACGGUGAAGUGGGUAUGAGCAGCUAAAUGUUCCCAGGUGCUUUUUUGUUCUUAAACUGCACAAGAACGUUGAUGUGUGAGACGUUUUGCUUUUACUUCCAUCAGAACUUCACCCAACUGUGACCGUUUUCUGCAGUGUUUCUGUCUGAAUGUUUACAGCAUUUUGUUAAACUUGAAUCCGCUGACGGUGCGGUCAGACUCAACGUGCCGCGCGGUCACUGUGGAAAAACGCCAUUCACUUUCCAUCAGAACCUGGUACCGCUGGGACCAGAUGCUGGGGGGGCGGAGCUUCAAACAUUUACCUGCAAUACCCAACUGAACUGUCGUGUUUUUUGAAGAGCAGACGUCAAAGCCUUUUUUAAAAUCGCUGCGUCUUUUAUCUUUGAAUAAAAACCAUUGGCAUGUUGA